CGCUAGACGUUCCCCACAGCUCGAGUCGCGCUGAUGAACUCGCUCAUUGGGGACAGGAUGGUCGUUACCCCAGGACCCCCCAGGCUCCUUCUCCCAAUCUGUCACCCCGCUCCCCCCAGAACAGAUUGCAGAUUGCGCCCGGUCCAAAACUUCGUCAAUCGCAUCGCGAGCAUCAUCAGCGCUGCGCUGUCGUUUUGCCUCCAGCAUCACCUUUCUUUCAUCAGAUGUAGAUCGGUCCCUGCAUCGUUUUUCCGUAAUUAUCUUAUUUCUGCUGGUCCCCCGCGACAAGAGCGGCACGGCACGGAGACCCCUGCGGCGACGCGCAAAGAAUUUCUCUCGUCGCGCUUCUUUCCCACUCCGGGACCCCCCGACCACGCGUUCAGAAUAGAUCUGCUCGCGCAACUCUUCCCUUCCGCGACAGCCUCGUUCGGUAGAAGCACAUUCGGUAAACAAUGGCGCCAGACCGGCGUCUUCCAGAACGACACAAUCCUCUUCUGACAGAGGAUGUGCCAGCUCACAGCGAUCUGGUCAGCCGUCGCCGGCUCGGGCAGACCCAGUUGACCGCGCGCAUGAUCGCAACAGCUCCUGCAGGGGAAGUCGACACGUCGGCGCUUGGCGCGUUCGAUUACGCGCACCUGCGCGCCCCGCUGCCCAAGGGCAUCGUGUCUGGCAUCUUCAAGUCGUCCCCGCCCAGCUACUUCCUCAUGCGGCGCAGUCACGACGGCUUUGUUUCCGCCACCGGCAUGUUCAAGGCUACGUUCCCGUACGCGGCGCAGGAGGACGAAGAGGCGGAGCGCAAAUACAUGAAGUCGCUCCCGUCAACGAGCCAUGAAGAGACAGCCGGGAACGUGUGGAUCCCACCCGACGAGGCCUUGGUGCUGGCCGAGGAGUACAAGAUCCUACCAUGGAUCCGCGCACUACUCGAUCCUACCGAUAUCGUGGCCACCGCCGGCGCCGACAGCGGCCCGCCCAAGAAGAUCAGCGCGCCGCCCAAGUUCUUCUCCGGGCAGCCGACGCUUGCUCCGCCCACUCCCUCCACGCGCGCCUCCCGUAGCCGUCGUUCCGCCAGCCCAGCCAAGUCUGCCGUCCCGAAACGGGCGGUUGCGAGCCCUCGGAAGCGCCGCGUUGCCUCAUCCCAAUCGUCGAUCGUCACCGAUAGCCUACCAGCCAGCGCCGGAGAGUCGGUUUCGCCUACUCUCGUCAAUGAGUCACAGUUCUCGGCUUCCUCGAUGUUAAAGGUGGCAAAGGUUGAUGAUGCCACAGAGGCCGAUCUCAAGAUCGAGUCGAUCGAGAAGGAGCCCGCCGUUGUACUCGAGCCUGUGCAGGAGGAGCCCAAGGUCAAGGUCCAUCUCGACCAGGACGUCUCGGUAGAUGCGGAGGGUGAGGAAGUCAAGCACACAAAGGUCGAGGUGGAGGUCCCUCUCCUCGGUGAACUCCCGUCGCCUGAGGACGCGGCCAAGAUGGUUGCCGACGCCAAGGCCAUGGUCGAAGCUGCAGUGAAGGCCGACAAUGAGGCCGCCGGCGCGGCCUCGGGAAGCGGGGGCAAACGGAAGGCUGAUGACAUUGCUCAAGACGAAGAGGGCAAGGACGCGGAAGAGGGCGCUGUUGAGCCGCCCAGGGCCAAGAAAGUCAAGACGGAGGCAGAGGUGCGCAAGGAGAAGAUCCGGAAGCGGGCCUUCUUUGGCCUCACUGCCACGGUUGCCGUGGGGGCACUUGGGUAAGUUGCUUUUCCGGUUGUUCACAUGCAUGAGUAUCACUAACUGGGCUUUACAGUGCACUUGUUCCGAUAAUUACA